AUGGUCGGAGUUGCAUGCACACUCCAUGGAGUGAGAACAAAGAUUCGGUGCCUUGGAGUCAAAUUCAGUUGCGAAUCAGCUGUGCGUGAUGUGCCAUGUGAUCACUCAAGCAGUUGUACCCCCUCUACCUCCGGUGCAUCGUCUCCUGCCUAUUCUAUUCCAAGACGGCGAAAAGGGAAGAUGAGACGGAAGCUCUCACGCAGCCGAUACCUUCUCGCUAUCGAGGACCGUAAUAGGCUGCGGAAAUUAGCUGCUCAAAAGAUCAGGAUUGCGUCAAACACAGUUUCUGCAAUAACGUUCCUUCGAUGGAAAGAGAAGAUUGACCGUAGGUUUGAAAAGCAGUUCGAGGAAAAGAGGAGUAGUCUUCGACGGCUGCAACAAGAAAAUGAGGUUCUUCGUGCUCACCAAAGGACAUUCGCUGACGGUUGCAACGCUCUAGGAAGUUAUGCUGUGAUGCUGCAGUUGAGAUUGGAGCAGGAAUUAAGCGCUUCUGAAUAUGACUUCAACGCUUCGCAUGACUUUUGCUUUCCUCACACAAAGAUGAGUAGUACAAAUUCCACUCAGCUAGUUGAUGAAGUGACAUUCUGCAUACCAACAAGUCCCGUAAGGGUGGUUUCAGUGCGGGUGUCUUUAGGAACAAAUCAACUGUACGAAAGGAUUUUACCAGCAUAA